AUGCUUUUUCGAGAAGAAUUCCAAUCCCUCGCAAGGUUGGUCGGAAUCUUUGAAGAACCUGAUCAGCCGCAGACAUGCCAAGAUCGACUGGUUCAGGCUUUGAAAACCUUGGGAAGAAAGAGUAAACGGGAUCAUAAGCGAGCCCUCAAACGUUCGUUGCGGCGGGAGGCUAACUACAUUGACCGAUCGAAACUGAGGAACAACGUUCGUUGGAUGUUCAAGACAAAGCAUUUACCUCUCUUGCAUGAACAGAUCAAGCAGCUUUCGGUAUGCCUCGAUCCCACCAGCAUGCCUCUGGAUCCGAACCCCCGCUUUCAAGCCGGCCUUACAGUGUUAUCCGAAAUCAAUGACUCUGUGGACCAGAUCGUUGCUUCCAUCUCCCGGAUUUGGGAGUCGCCGAAACCAGAGGACUCGCAAGAAAACGUGGAGGACUUGACGGUGCUCAGAUGUCAUCGUAUGGGCUCAAAAUAUCUCAACAACGUCAUGAUCGGACUUUCUGGAAUACUGGAAUCAUACAGAGGAUGCUUUGCAGUUUUCACCAUCCGGGAAGAUGGCACGGUGAACAUCGGCAACAGCUACCGAACACCUCUCAUACCCUCCGACGUUGAUACCGAACUGUGCGGAAUUAAGAGAUUCAUUGAAUGGUUAGGUCGAUCGAACAUCUCUGUCUUGCAAGACGAAUGGCACUCGAUAAUCAUAGAAUAUGAAAGCCUAUUAUGCGACAUUAUGAUUUUCGUAAACUCGCCUGAAGUCGAGGACGAUCCUGAAGAAUUGAUGCUCAGAGAACAAGCUGAAGGCCUAAUCCCACUGGUCAAACUAUCUCGACUGUUCAUAAACAAACUCAGGCUUACGAAUAGCCAGCCUCGCUUGACCUCACACAUGGACUUUGGACACUUGGAAGCCUUGCGAUGCGUGGCCGAGACGAUGUCCUCCGAACUAUACGUUAUCUUCGACGCAUUAUAUGAGUCACGACCUCAUACGAAGAAACUGAUUGAUGCGAUGAUCGCCUUGGAUGCCGCUUUCAAGGAUAUUACGGCGAUUUUCAUUGACCAUUUUGAUUCGUUGGAUCCUAACUCAGACCCAGAAGCAUAUCAAUCUCAUCGUCGAUGGAUUCAACUUUGGCUUUCUCAGUUCAAUGUUGCCAUUGAGAAUUUCAUUUGGCUUUCGCAUGAUCACAUUAUCGAAGACAUCACCACCGGUUCAGAAUAUGAGGAUUACUAGAGUACAAUUCAAUAACUCCCAUACUCUAUAACGCCUUUUUUUUGUCGUAUUCUCUCCAGCUGUGGUAGUAGUCUCGCUCCUUGUUAUGUAUAUCCCAAACGAAAUGUGUUAUUUUCAUCCUUCAGCUUGGGCGUCUUGCUUUCUCCUGAAAGCUCACCUUCAUAAUGCUUUCUCCUGAAAGCCCACCUUCAUAACAAAGUAUCAAUGUGUUAAAAUCCGCCUACGGACCCAAGAAGCUU